GGUAAAGAUGAGUUGGUUACGGGAACAUUUUAAUGGGCAUUUGGGGGCAGGGUAUACGGAGGAAAAUGUUCAGCAACAGGCCCGGGGUUAUAUUCUCCAGUUGAUAGGUGGAAUGUUGAUGUCCGACCACUCAGGGUCCCAAGUCCACCUAGCUUACUUAACCCUCCUUGAAGACUUGACGAUUGUGCGAGUUGGGGCAGUGCUUGCCUUUCAAAUCUUUACCACUAUCUAUGCCACGGUUGUAAGAGUGGUAAAGACAAUGUGGGUGGGGCAUUCAUUCUCCUACAGCUAUGGGCUUGGGAGCGGUUUCCUUUUAUUGCUCCUAGACGUUUGGGUACGCGUCAGCGUCCGCCAGGUUCUCCUCUUGGUGCACGGUGGGAUGAUCAUUUUCACUCACCGGAUUUGUCAACCCAUGUUGUUGGAUAUUAUAGACAUUAUUUUGACAUACAAAGGCCGGAUGAGGUAUGUAUUUCAUAAAAAUUAUUAUUUGAAUACGAAAUCAACUAAUCUUUGCAUGAUAAUAUUGAUUUGGUCAUACUGUUUGUAUUUCAUUUGUGUACGUGAUUUGGAGACCAUACAGUGACGAGUUAAUUGCUAGCCUUCCUCCAAGUUGUUGUGCUGGAAGGGCAAUUUGGAUGGCGAAGGUCCCAUUGUUGAAUUUUCCAGUGGUGCAAAUGCACAUGACAGAUAGGGUGAUGUGAUAGUUUGGGCGUCGACAAACAAUCCCUGCUCAUUGUAAUUGUAGGCAACCACCGCAUGGAAAGGACUGGAAGGCUGGGCAAAAGGAUUACCGGCAAGACCACCAUGCUGAGUUGGAGAUGUGGAAUCAUAGGUUAGAACAUAUUGUACCUACUGGAGAGCCGAACCCUCAUGAGUAUGCCUAUCCUGCAGAUGAUCCUUAUGUUACUUGGUACGAGAGGAUUACGGUACAAUAUAUUAGUCAAUUAGGUGGAGGA